GCUAUCUUUUUGCCGUUCCAAACAUCCAAUAGUCGCCGAUUAUGCGCGCCAUGACGGUUGAAAAUAGGUUUGCUGCCCCACUUGGUAUGCAGGCGUUGGUGAAGGUUAAAUGUCUGGAUGCAAACGCCACGGCCACGAGACUAAUGGCAUCUUGUGGAUGGACAAACUCGAUAAGGCGUUCUUACAUCUCGGUAAACGGAGGAUGGCUUGAAUCUAACAUGAGUUUCGAUGGAAUAGAAAUAGGCAUGACUGCCCGCCACGAAGAGUUUGAAUUUUUUGGGGGGCAGAGGCCAUCUCGCUUCCCAUUGUCACUCGCUUUUUAUACUCCUUCUAAUACUAGUUUUUAAUGAUAUAGCUUCAAAGUUAUAAUCAUGAAGAUUUCAAUCGUGCUUACCGCUUCGGCGGUCUCCGCGCACAUGGUUGUGCCUCGAGAUGCCCCCAAUAUGCCCGCCUCAGCAUUUCCGAAGUUCGAAGUCAUCACUCUCGACCAAGCUAAACAGGGGUUGGAUCGUGAUAUCCAGAACCUGCCCCCAAAACCGGUUUCGAACUUGACGGCAUCUGUGGACACAUCGGUCAAGUCGUCACUGAAAAUCUCGGCAGCCGUUUCAGUCAAGGCCACCACCGCGGCAUCUCGAGCUUGUGCGGCGAGUCCAAACUACCGAUUUGAAUGGAGGAACUUCUCUGCCGGCCGCCGUCUUUCUUUUGUUACCGCUUGCCAAUGCUUGUUGAACAGGGCGCCGUCCGGCAGAUUUUCGCAGUCCAGAAACCGGUAUGAGGACUUUGUAGCCUUGCACCAGAAUGUCAUGACACAGGUGCACAACAAUGCCUUGUUCCUCAUCUGGCACCGCUACUUCCUGUGGACAUUUGAGCAGGUCCUUCGAACCGAGUGCGGUUAUAGCCGCGCCAUGAUGUGGUGGGAUGAGACCUUGGACGCCGGUAAUUUCGCCAAUUCGGACAUCUUCACAAACCCCAAUCUUUUUGGCAAUUUGCCUGGCCUCCUCAACGGCAACCCACAAUGCAUCUCGACCGGUGCUUUCAGAGGUGUCACGGCUCACAUUGGACCGGGCACUACGCAGACAAAUCACUGUUUAUCCCGAGGAGUGACGGAAACCAACACAGCUCAAUGUAACGCGGCUUUCAUCAACUACUGCCAAGCGCGUACCGCCUAUCCCGACUUCGAAACCUGUCUUGAAUAUGGCCCGCACGGCUAUGGUCAUAACGGCAUUGGUGGUGUAAUGCAAGACGUCUGGUCCAGCCCCAGUGACCCGAUUUUCUGGGUGCACCAUGCGUUCAUCGACCAUGCUUUUGCGGCUUGGCAAGCUCUUGACCCUAGCCGUACCACAACCAUCAGCGGAGUCGACUCUACUGGCAGGGCGCUUACUCUUGAUUAUGUUAUCUCAAUGGGUGGUAUUCGGCCUGAUGUCAAGAUUCGGGAUAUUCUUGAUCCAAUGGGGGGUGUUAACAUUGGCGGCACAGCCUUCUGCUACAAGUACGCAUAAAUGGAGGAAGAAUUGAGAUAUGGGGAGUUCGAAUGUUCAUAGUUUCUUC